UUGCUUUGAAAAUCUCAACUCAUGCCCAUUCUUCGAUGGUAUGAUCUUCUUGACUAUGUGGAUGGCUCCCUCCAUUGCCGUGCUGAAUUUCUUCCAGCUGAAAAUAAUGAGGAGCCUAAGAUCAGCCAUGCGUUUCUCAAUUGGAAGUGACAAGACCAGCUGUUACUUAGCUGAAUUAUCUCCCUCAUAGAGGGCGUCCAUGCCCAGAUCAUGGGUCUUACCACCUCCCAAAAUGUAUGGACUACACUAUAACUCUCGUUUUCGAAUCACUCAUGAGCAUGUAUAAUGUAAGUGUGAUUCCAAUUGUAAACUACCAAGAAGGGAUCCUUGAACAUUGCUGAUUAUUUUCAAUAAGCAAAAAACAUAACUUAUCAUCUCGUUGCAGUAGGAAAGCUUGUGUUUGAGGAUGACUUGAUACCUCACAUUCUUAGUGGACUCCCUUUGAGUAUAAUUCAUUUCAGAUGUCUAUGACUACAAAGUUUGAUCCAAUUAACCUCAAUGAUCUCUAUGAUAUGUUGCUAAACCAAGAUAUUCAACUCUCCGACCAACAUGGCUAUUUGGACAUUGGCUCUCCAUCGGCCAAUCUUGCAACCACACCAAACUACAACUCAAGAACGGGGUGUGGCAGUCAGUUUCCAAAUCGUGGACACGGUGGCCGUGGCCAUGGUCGUGGUCGUGGUCAUGGUCGUGGUCAAGGCGAUGGUCAACAGCAAAAUAAUAACUCCCACUUUGGAAAUCAACAAGGAUCGAUCAAUGGGGAGAGCUCUAUUGCACAGGCCGACUAAGGAUGGUUUAUACCAACUGGAAGUAGCAAAGAAGAGGAAUAAUAAGAGUACGGGUUCAACAUUCUUUGGAGAAAAAGUUGCAAUAACGGAAUGGAAAAAUCGACUGCGCCAUCCAGCAAUGCUUGUAAUAAGGCUCUCCAUGUUUAUGAGGCAUGUCAGAAAGGGAAAAGUCAUAAACCCCUUUUUUUGCACUCAUCCACUAUUUGUACUAAGCCAUUGGGUUUAAUAUUUUCUGAUGUAUGGGGACCUGCACCAGUUGCAUAUAAAGAAGGCUACCGUUAUUAUGUUCA